AGAACCCUCUCUCUUCCCCUCAGAAGUGAUCAUCCCAACUCAAUCCCAUUUUCCAUUUCACUCUCACAACAAAGAACUCGACUCAACCAUGAAGAUCAUGGUGGCCAUUAAGCGCGUGGUCGACUACGCCGUCAAAAUCCGAGUCAAGUCCGACAAGAGCGGCGUGGAGACCCAGAACGUGAAGAUGUCGAUGAACCCAUUUUGCGAGAUCGCUUUAGAAGAAGCCAUUCGGAACAAAGAGUCGGGCUUGGCUUCUGAGGUCGUGGCGGUCACUAUGGGAAUGAAACAGAGCGUCGAUACGUUAAGGACAGGUCUGGCUAUGGGAGCUGAUAGGGCUAUACACGUGGAGACUGGUGGGCCCUUGUACCCUUUGUCAGUAGCUAAGCUUUUGAGAGCUUUGGUGGAGAUUGAGAAGCCUGGUCUUCUCAUUCUGGGGAAACAGGCUAUUGAUGAUGAUUGCAAUCAAACUGGGCAAAUGGUGGCGGGGCUGUUGAAUUGGCCUCAAGGGACUUUUGCUUCAAAGGUUGUGCUGGAUAAAGAGAAGCAGGUAGUGACAGUGGACAGAGAAGUUGAUGGUGGUCUUGAGACUCUGUGUCUAGAUCUACCAGCUGUGAUUACCACUGAUUUGAGGUUAAAUCAACCUAGGUAUGCAACACUCCCCAACAUAAUGAAAGCGAAAUCAAAGCCCAUAAAGAAGUUCACACCACAGGAUCUGAAUGUGGAAAUUAAAUCCGACAUAGAAGAGGUUCAAGUCACAGAACCUCCUAAUAGAAAAUCAGGGGUUAUUGUGUCUUCUGUGGAUGAGCUGAUUGACAAGCUUAAAAACGAAGCCCAUGUCAUUUGAUUUCUGUAAUUAUUUCGCUUACUGAUCAAGCAUCCAAGCUUACCCAAGUUGAAUGUUCGACCACAAAAGUUGAAUUUUCGACUGCAAAAAAUGAUCCUCUGAUCGAAUAAUAAUGCUCAUUACACAUGGAAAUAGAAGCUCAUUGUUAUUGUAUA